GGUUGAGCACCAAAACAAUUUAAAGUUUUAGCCUAUAGCUCUUGAAGACUACUUGCUCUAAACUGACAUAUCUUGAGUCAUGGGUGGUAAAGACAGUCCCCCUCCACAGUGCAGCUCCAUCAGCCCAAUGCAAUCACCCAAACUAGGCGGAGGACAUCGGACACAAAGAUCUCACACAUUUUCAUCUGCAAAACCCUCUCCCAUUGAAUAUGUACCAAGAAAUAAGACUGCUGUGAACGUGGACCUGAAGACACCCUACAGUGAAACGAGCUCCAUCCAAUCUCAAACUCUACCCAGAGGAAGAUCUGAUCAACCAGAGUCACCAAGAGGAGAUGGAUCCUACUCUCCUAUUCGUGCAUACAUGGAGUGCUUCCAACCUCAGACCCUCAAGUGUGCACUUGUAGGAGACAGUGGAGUUGGAAAGACAAGCAUGCUCAUGGCAUACACUGUGGAUAAGUUUCCAGAGGAACAUGCUCCAACCAUCUUUGACAAAUUCUCAACGUCACUGUCAGUGUAUGGAAAGAGAGUAUCUAUCACACUCUGCGAUACUGCAGGACAGGAUGAUUUCUCUCACUUGAGACCGCUCUGUUACCCUGACAUGGAUGUAGCAAUUAUCUGCUAUUCGAUCGUUGAUCCAUCAUCUUACGAAAAUGUUAAGGCCAAGUGGGUGAAGGAAGUACGAAGACAUUGCCCUGGUGUGCCUGUGAUACUAGUCGGCACCAAAGCUGAUAAAAGAGAAGACCCAGCAACUCUAAAAGAACUGAAAUCAAAGGGCAAGAGACCUAUGUCACGAUCAGAUGGAAACAAACUGCUCUCACAAAUCAAAGGAACUUGUUAUGUCGAGUGUUCAGCUCUGACUCAAUUUAAUAUUAAGAAUGCUUUUGAUGAAGCUAUUGCGGCUGCAUUAGAACUGUCAUCUAGCUCUGGGAAACGCGCGACACAGUGUAUCACAAGAGGUUGUACAAUCCUCUAAUGUUUGUUCAUUUUUGUUUUUGUAUAAUUAUACGUUUUUUUUUGUUUUAUUCAGCUGCAUCUUCUCCCUGUAUUGCAACCUCGCUAUCACUCUCUCACAGAUAUAUACUCUGAUAUCCAAUUAUUAUGAUUCAUCAAUAAUAAUAAUAUUACUCGUGA